AGUUAUGUUUAAAUUUGAAGAUAUGCAGUUUUAUAAAUCUCUUGUAUGUUGUUUGCUUUACAUAGUUCUAUGUGAAACUUAUUGUAUCCAAGAGCCUCCUAGAACAUUUCAUUUGAUAAAACGAUGUCAGCGGUCUGAACAAAAUAUGAUUGAUUUUGAAAAUGUUGAUUCAUUGGAGGAGUGUUUUAAGAUAGCAAAACGAGUUAAGGCCCUAGCUCUCAAUUAUUCACCACUUCGGGGUAUGAAAUCGAAUUUAUUUGAACAAAAUGAGAAAAACAACUCCAACUUUAGUUUUCGUAGACGUGAUGAGAGGCGACACUUUUUCGAUCAACCAGAAGAAUUCUUCAACUGUCAUGCAUUACAAUGUCCUGAGAGUUCAGCUUUUACAACAAUGACAAAUGACAGUCGUUUUGAUUAUUACAGUUUAUAUGGAAACCCGCCAGGUCCGAACAAUUUCAUUUGUGUGCCAGAAGUCGGAAUAUUUAGUUUAAAUUUUUCGAAAGAAAACUACGAAACAGCUUAUACAUUUUGUAAAAAUACCACCAAUGGAACUUUAGCUCACGUUGCUUCGGAAAAACGAACUAUUGCUCUAUCAAAAAUCUUGCAAGAUUCUAAUUUCAAAAAUGGAUCAUCGAAAUUGGCUUAUGUUGGCUUGAACUUCACUUAUAAGCAUCCAAAUGGAAUGUUCAAAACAAAUGAAAACGAAGAAUUGAGUUGUUUUUUAUAUCGAGCUUGGGCGCCAGGACACCCUAAGAUUAAUGGAAGUUUUGCAAAUUCAAGCUGUGUAGCUGUAACGAAGGAAAUUACGUGGAUGACAGUUGAUUGUGAUCAGAAGCUUCCGUACAUUUGUGAAAUUUACACUGCGCCUCUAAAUGAUUCUAUGUUUUACAAUGCUUGUGAUGUAUUUUUAAGUAAUGAGGAGACAAUCGUGGUUUAGCAUUUUAUCCGGAUCACCAGUUUUGAAGGCACAACUGAGUUUCUAGAAGGUACAUAUGCACAUUAUAUCCCUGUUUUAUUUUCAACGUGAUCCAGAUCAGAUCAGAUCAUCUAUUUAUUUGCGCAACCACAAGAAAGCGAUAACCUGCUUUAAGCUUGUGUAUAUUUCAAUACCCGUGUUUUGUUGGGAAAUCUAUCCAUAGUAAAGUAGGAUUUUACACGAAUAACAAAAACAAUAUCCAUAGUGAGAAUAACACCGAUAAAAGUUAGAGUAGAAUCUCACUAUGGAUAGGUUUUUGACAUUUAUACGAGCCUCGAAUCUAUCUUAUGUGAUUUCGUUCUCAAAUGUUGGUACGAUUGAUAUUGCAUUUGUAUCUCGAUGGCUGCGUUCGUUGGUAAUUGUGCAUUUGGAAUCAUGUGUGUUUUCCAUUGCGGAAAAAACGAAUCUAUUACUGUUGAUAUUAUUUAGUUUUGUAAGUGAAAAUGGACUAACUGGGCUUAUUUUGCAAGAAAAAACAAUAGAAAAGAUAUUUAUGUUUUGCUAUGUUUCCAAAAAAGGUUUAUAUCAGUUUAUAAUAGAUAAAUCUCAACUCGAUUUAGGUAUAUAAAGAUUUGAGGCGAGCUUCAAGCUCGCUUCAACACCACAUGUUAAUGUAGUAGUCUACGAACAAACCCCCUUUUUGAAUUUUUCUAUUAUUAUUUUGACAGAUCUUCUUUCAGUUGUACCAAUUUUUAAAUACAAAAAUCUGGCCACUGCGGAUCGUUUUGUUGAGAAUUUCUCACUUUACUAUAUAUGAAAUGCGAACAAAACGCACGUAAUGAUCCAAAAAUUAGUUUUACUACUUCACACCAGGUGAUAAUUUGUCUUUGACAGUUUGGUAUCAUUUUCAACUCAUUCAAUAAAAAUAGAGUUUCCA